AUAUAUUUUUUUUUUGCCUCGGUGGCUUCAACAUGAUACUUUAAAUGUCCACCAACACCAUUUCUACCUUCCUUUUGCUUCUGCAUUUCCAUGGCUUCCAACUUUUCUCUGCGAUCCUCCUUUUUCUGCAAUCCAAAAGCUGUUUUUCAAUCAGAAGAUAUAUCAAAUUUCAAGACCAAUUCACCAUUCACAUCCAAGAUCAUAGUCAAAGAGCAAGACAGGCACAAUUGGAAAAUUUCCAAAAUCGCCCCUCCGAAGAAAUUCCUCCUCACCCGUGUACGGACAUCUCGAAAAUCAUCGUUCAAUUGGAAUAUUCCUCCCGGAGCACAAUCACCAGUAGUGGAAUCCAGUCCCAACAUUGUUGAGGUCGAUGACUGCUCAUUGGUCAAGUUACAAAGCAGCAAAACUGAGUUCAAUCGAGUCAACUGCCUCGUACGGGCAUUGCACGAAUCUUCUAGAAGCUUCUCCCUCGCAAUGCAGACUCACGAAUUCGUUAGAACGGGACCCCCCGUUGCAAUGGCCUGGAAUGGAGUCGAUGUUCAUGCUUGGCACAAACACAUUGCAUAUCAGGUGGCAGCAUAUGCUUUGCUAGAAGCAGCAAUCGAAGUUGAGCUUUUUCUUUCCCACAAUCGCUUCAACAACCCGUCUCCCGUUCACAAAAUCCUGUCUCCGAAUACGAGCUUUCUUCGAGAAAAAAUAGAAAGUCAAUUAAAUGCAAGAAACCCAAAAUUGGUAGAAUGGUUUCGAACGGUUGAGCUUCCACGCUUAUCUGGAUAUUUCAUGCCUUUAUUCAAGAAAUGGUCGAUGGAAUACGCCGGAAGUGGCGUUGCAGGAACAAUUAUGGCUAUAACUUGUUGUGCUGCAGUCGGGAAGUUAGAUUCGGGCCGAAUAUCAUGUUCCUCGUUUUCGAUUUCAAUUGAGGAAGCAAUAAUCGAGCUAAUGACUAUGGCCCACGAUCUCGUUUGCAUAGAUAAACUGCACCAGUUAUCGACUGAGGCUGGAUUUGAGGACCAUUUUUUGUCCCGUUUUGGAAGUAAAGUUCUUCCGAGUAAAAAUGUCGAAGACAUUGAAUUUUGGAUCGGUCUUGUUCAGACAAAACUUUCCGUAGCUUUCGAAAGAGAGAGUGUUGUUACUAAAAGCAGACAUAACCUUUCUGACAAGGUUGGAGAAAAUAGUUUGGCUACUUUAGCACUAUUUGCUUACUUAGGAAGAGAAGCAAGGCUGUUCUUGUUAAGGCACAAUAUAAAGGAUAUCGACGAGCCAAUAAACGAUUUUCUAAGUUACUUGGAAUGUGGUAUACUUUUCAUAUAUCCGGAAUUCUCGACGUUAUCGGAGUAUCAGCUCUUAAUGGAGGUAAUUAUCGAUGAAAUUGGGUGGCUCGAUUUUUUCACUGCGUAUAACUGCGACCUGUGUCAAGAAAGACGAAGAUCAAAAACCCAUCCAAUCCAGGCUGAACAGGAGAUUAUUUUAUACGCGGUUUUCACCAUAUGCUACGAUAUAAUAUCGGGAUUUGCUCAUUACACAAGUUCUACACAGCAGAACUUAGAUGCUGAGUUAUUGGAGUUUUUGCUCCAAAGUCAGAGCCUGCUAUCGAUGUGUUUAGAGGAUUACUGGGCUGCUUACGACAGAACCGGCAGAGACCUACCAAAAGUAAGGGAAAUAAACGGAAGUGAUUCAGCACCGUCUUUUCUGAAAAUGGGCCGAAAGAAUUCUUCGAUAAUGAUGGAUUCACUUCAUCGGCCAGAGGAGUUACGAAAUAGAGACAAACACAGACAAAUAUCUCCACAGACAGAGGUCGCCAGCUCAUCAAAGCCCGUCGAACGAAAUUUUCUCAAAAAGUAUGCGAUGAAGCUUGUGGCUGCAAGUGUUGAUGUGUGGAUGGGUACGCAGCUGCUAUUUGUCGAUACGUCGGAAACUGUGAGGUUUAUAGUGAAGAAAAUGUGGGGCCACAAUGUGACGGAAAGAGAGAGGAAGAAAAUGGAGAGAACGUUAGCUGAUAUUGCCACACUUAUACCUGUCACAAUACUAAUGCUUCUCCCUGUCUCUGCUGUUGGUCAUGCAGCAAUGUUUGCUGCAAUUAAGAGAUACAUACCUUGUCUGAUUCCUUCUCCGUAUUCGGAUGAACGAAUUAACUUAGUGAAGCAACUAAAGAGGACGAAGAAGAUGGAAAUGCUGCGGGUUGGUGUCGAAGAAACUGUCUCGAAAGGUGUUUAAGUAAAUACAAUUGUAUUCACUCAAUAUAUACUAAGAAAUUACAUUUAGUUGUCUGUAUAUAGACAGUGAAGCAUAAUAAGCAAGAAUUUUCCUUUUUUUUUUUUUUUUUUUUUUUUUUUCUGUUAAUAGUUUUUCGAAGCUUUACUUCACUUUUUAUCGAAAUAUUUAUAUCAAUUGAUCUUUAUCGAUGA